AUGGCGGACGAAUUGGAGAAAUCUGUGCCUACAGAAGAUUCCUUGAUGGAGAAGAUCGCCGAGAAGAUCCACGAUCACGAUUCCUCGUCGUCGUCGUCCGAGUCCGAGCACGAGAAACCGGAGUCUCCGUCGGCUUUGAAGGCGAAGAUAUAUCGUUUGUUUGGGAGAGAGAAGCCUGUUCACAAGGUUCUCGGUGGUGGAUUGCCCGCUGAUGUGUUCUUGUGGAGGGACAAAAAACUCUCAGCCGCUGUUCUUGGCGUAGCGACUGCCAUAUGGGUUCUGUUUGAGCUGGUGGAGUAUCAUUUCUUGAGCCUUGUGUGUCACAUUUUGAUAUUCGCUCUCGCAGCCCUGUUUUUAUUGUCCAAUGCUCAUGCCUUCAUGAACAAGACUCCACCUAAAAUUCCUGAAAUCCAUAUUAAAGAGGAACAUUUCCUUUUGAUUGCUUCUGCACUGAGAAACGAGCUGAACCAGGCCUUCGUUAUCCUAAGGAGUAUCGCCUUAGGAAGGGACUUGAAGAAAUUUCUGAUGGUGGUUGUUGGGCUGUGGAUAAUCUCGGUUGUGGGAAACUGGUUCAAUUUCUUGACUCUUGUAUACAUCUGUUUUGUGGUGUUGCAUACAGUACCAAUGCUGUAUGAGAAACAUGAGGACAAGGUAGAUCCAGUGGCAGAAAGGACGUUGAAGGAGCUGAAAAAGCAUUACAUGGUUUUCGAUGAGAAAGUUCUUUCUAAGAUUCCAGUUGCUUCCCUCAAGGCAAAGUUGGGUUAA